AAGUAAAAUAAACAAAAAGAAAAAAAAAAUAGAUAUAAACCUUGUUUACCUAAACCUCUUUCUCUCUCUAAUAAAUAAUAUACUUAAAAUUUUCUUUCUCCCUACUCUAUAUUAAAUACAUUAAAAUGGCUACAUCUGCACUUGGUUUGCAAUUUGCUAAAAGAGCUUUAACCUUAAGAACUCCUAGUACAAUAGCAACAUCACAACGAUUCAUGUCAACCGAAGUUGCUAGAAAUAUUGAUCAAAUUAAAGACAUUACAGUUACUCCUAAUAAUAGUGCAGAAUAUGUUUUAUCUACAGUUGAUCGUGUUAUUAGUUGGGCCCGUGAAGGUUCUAUUUGGCCCAUGACUUUUGGAUUAGCAUGUUGCGCAGUUGAAAUGAUGCAUUGUUCUACACCACGUUAUGAUCAAGAUCGUAUUGGUAUUGUUUUCCGUGCAACACCUCGUCAGUCCGAUGUGAUGAUUGUUGCUGGUACUUUAACUAAUAAAAUGGCUCCUGCUUUAAGAAAAGUGUAUGACCAAAUGCCUGAACCUCGUUGGGUUAUUUCUAUGGGAAGUUGUGCGAAUGGUGGUGGCUAUUAUCAUUACUCAUAUUCAGUUGUUCGUGGUUGUGACCGCAUUGUUCCUGUUGACAUCUAUGUUCCUGGCUGUCCUCCUACUUCUGAGGCCUUACUUUAUGGUAUUUUCCAAUUACAAAAGAAGAUGAGAAGAACUAAGAUUACACAGCUUUGGUACAGAAAAUAAUUUAUUACUUUAGAUUGAUAUCUAUUUAUAUACAAUAAAAAUAACAUAUAAAUGUGUAUAAUUAUAA